CCGAUGGGGCCCUGCCAGCGGCUCUGAGGCGGGUCAGAGCCUACGGUGUCCCCCGUGUUGCCUGGUGCCCACAAAUGGGCAGAGCCUGGUGCCGCCGUGUGGGGCUCUGGGGUGCCCUUCGUGAGGCAGAAGGACCCUUGGGGUGUGGGGGUGGGUCUGGGAGCCUGGGUGCAGCCGUCCAUACUUGUCUCUGCCACACACCCAUCUCCUUGUGGAUGGAGAUGUGACAGGCUCACAGCACCCCCCCCGCCCAGGGUCGAGACCCCAGGCGGGGCCACGGCGGGUGGGUGACGCGCAGUGGUGGCUGCAGGCCCAGCAGCUGCAGCAGGGGGUUGAGCCUGUGUGGGGAGAUGCAGCCAGGCGCCCAGGCAGGAAGUGAGCCGGGCGGAGGGCUACACAAAGGUGCUGUGCCUCACGGUGCCUGCGCUGCCUGCUGCCCUGGACCGCGGAGGAGGCACCCACGCUCCGGCCUCAGUAAGUGCCUGCUCUGACCUCCAACCUGGCCUGGGCCCCAGUGCCCAGAUCGGGGCAGACUGGCCACCUCCAGAGACACCACCCGGCUCAGGCUGCUGGACUGAACGGCUGUGCUGCCUGGGGUGCCCCCCACCCGAAGCAGCUCUGCUAAGACUACAGGAAGCAGACGCCCAGCGACAGGCAGGGACGGCUGGUGGGAGGGGUGGAGAGCCAGGAGAGGUGGAGUCGGAGGAGCAGCAGCCAAAGCAGCCCCGGGGCCAGCCACUGCCCCCCCCCCCGCCCCUGCCGCUUUCUGUCCCCUCGUAGUGGAUGGUUGGGGGGCAUCUCCUGAGCCAGGAGCCAGGCCCAGACAGGACAUGGCAGCAGGUGAGCCUGUGGCUUGUGGCUCACCAGACUGGAACCUCCCGGUGUCAGGUUUGAGCUGCAGGGACCAUGGCAGGGCCUUGGCCAGGUCACAACUGGCCUGCCCCUCCUCAUCAGCCAUGCCCUGCCUCACAUGUCAUGUACCCACGGGGCAGGCAGAGCACACUCACACCAGGACCCCCUUGGCAGGGGCAGAAGGGGGGGCGCUGAGGCCGCGUCCCCUUGGCCUCCGUAGGAGGGAGGGGCUGCCAAGCCCUGGGGUUUCCUGUGUGCUGAGUCAGAGCGCCCAAGGGGGACGGGGCCGUGGCAGCAGGAGGUGCAGAAGUGGGGCUGCCAGUGGGUGCCGGGUCCCUUGGCCGCAACACCCUGAUCUCUGCCCCCAGGCCUGUCCACGGCUUUGCAGGAUGAGGCCACAGGGGUCCUCAGCCUCUCCUGCCCUCUGGGUCCUGGGGUGCCUCACCCUGCUCCUCUGGCUGUGGGUGCUGUGCACAGCCUGCCACAGGAGGCGGGCAGGGAGGCAGGUGUCCAGGCUGCAGGGCAUGCAGGGCGGUGGGAUGCCAACGAAAGCGGUGAGUGCCAGGUAUCCCCAAGGCCAUGCUGGGGCUGGCAGGGGACUAACUGGCCGUCCUUGCCCCCAGUCACUGCUGAGACCACCCCACCUCUGCUCCCUCAGCAAGUCAGACACUAGACUGCACGAGCUGUGCCGAGGUCAGCCCUGCAGCAGAGCCCCGCGGCCUGCCAGCGUGGAUCUCCUGUGCCCACAAUGGCUAGAGGUGUCCAGAGGCAAGACCAGGCCCCCAGAAGCCUUCUCACUCCAGGAGCUGCCCGCAGCCGUGCCCUUCACCGACCCCGAGGCCACUUAUUCCAACGUGGGGCUGGCUGUGAUCCCCAGAGCCAGGCUGGCAUUCGGCUCUGGGGUGUGGGUAGGGGCACACAGCUGUGCCAGGCUGGGGCCUGAGGCCAGACCGGUGGCGUCUGAGUAUGCCUGCAUCCAGAAGCUCAAGGGGACAGGCCAGGUCCCCCAGGGCCUGGGGCAGGGGCGUGCUGAGGUCAUCCCAGCCAAUCAGGUGGACAGCCUGUACUCCAAGGUCAGCAAGCCUAAAAGGAGGGACCCCGGACCUGCCUCAGACCAGCCAGACCCCAAGGGUGGGGGCACAGUUUUAGCUCUGGGGGGUGACCUGGCCUAUGACGCCCUCCCACCGAAGAGCGUGGGUGUGAACGGGAGCUUCCUGGAAAACGUGUAUGAGAGCAUCCAGGAGAUGGGGGGCCCUGGAGCCUCCAAGCUCUAGCUCUUGGCAGGAGGGGCCAUAGGCCGGGCAUGGAGACCCCCUGCUUCCUGUCUAAUCCUGCCGGGGGAGCCUCCCUCGCCGGCUCCAUGAACUCCCUGCCUCCAGAGCGGGGUGCACCCCCGACUUCUCCUACACACACAGCGGCCGGCACGGGUUCCAGAGAGCAGGGCUGCCAGCCUGGUCCUGGCUGCCACAGCCUUUCCAGGGCAGCGUCUCAAUAAACCCCCCCGGCUCCCGGAGCCGGAGCCGCAACACC